AAGCGUUAAUAUUAUUCUUUUAGUGGUUAGGAACGGCAGAAGUAUUUGUUUUUGCAGAAAUGUAUUCGAGAAUAUUCGUGUAUUUGGUUAAGUUAUUUUUUUUUCUCAGCUGUAAAUCGGAAGCUCGAAUUAAUGACGUCACCGAAGCCAGAAUCCUCAUUGACCACGACGGAGGCGCCGAUGAUUCUUUAGCGAUAUUCACAGCGCUGCUGUAUGAGGAGAAAUUCAAUGGACCGAAAGUCAUAGGUUUGACUACAACACACGGUAACGUCAAUGAAGAUCAAGUUUACGUAAACAGUCAAAGAAUAUUGGGUGUGGCGAACAGAAGAGAUGUACCGAUCUACAGAGGCUGCUCUGAGCCACUAAUUGGAGGUUCUGUUAGUGACUUCUACUUUGGAAACGAUGGUCUGGGAGAUCUUGAGAACGUUGAAUACCAGAGCAUUGCGGCUGAGAAGGAACACGCCGUUUUUCGUAUAAUUGAACUGUCAAAAUUAUAUCCAGGUAAUUUGGAAAUAAUCGCUAUUGGUCCCUUGACUAAUAUUGCUAUGGCUGUGAAAAUUGAUCCGUUUUUCCUAAGUCGACUAUCACGCCUAGUUAUAGGUGCUGGGUAUAUAUACAGUGAUGACUACAAAGAACCAGAGUUCAAUGUGGAUAUGGAUGUCGAAGCAUACCACAUCGUGACAAGAAGCGCAAGCCCUGAUAUAGUCACCAUACUGCCUUUCUCGCAAGUCCGAACAUGGUUGAAUAUUAGUAAUGAAUGGCGCAAGCAAACUCUGGGUUCAAUUAAUACGGAUAUAAUGAAAGCUCAGAAUUCUUACGAACGAAAAUCAUUGAGUAAAAGCCGUUGUUGGUCGACCCUAGACCCUGCCGUUGUUGCCAUAGCUCUGGACGAGACGAUCGCUGAGGAGACUGUCUUCUCAAACAACAGUGUUGUACUAUGCGGUUCAAACCGCGGCGUUGUCUUGAAUGAUUUUGGCUCAGAACCAAACGUCAAACUGUGGUACAGACUUAACAUGCAAAAGUACAAGCAAUUCUUGUUGAGAGUGUUUAGUGUUGAAUAAAUUUUUACAU